AUGUAUCCGUUUGAUCGAAUACGAGAAAGAAUCUAUGCAAGACCAUCAGAAUCCGCUAUACCACGUCUUAUUGUUAUCGAUGGUUGUAAUGUUGCACGCAGUUCAUGUGGAAUAGAUCGUUUGGAUGUGUUAACAUUUACUCCAGCUCGUACCGCACGUGCCGGUCGACCGGCAUUUAUCAAUUAUGAUGAUUUAUACGUGUUGGAAUUUGCUGAACGUCAUGGUGGUUGUGUAUUAUCUGGUGAUAAAUUUGAUGACAUAGCAAAAGAACAUUCUUACAAAAAUCUACGUCGAAUAAUUAAGGAACGUCGAAUUCACGUGAUUUUUCGUCCGUUAACUAGUGAUUUUGUAUAUUAUGGACGUGAUCGUUUCUUUCGUUUCCUACCUGAACUUUCUAUUAUACAUGAUAAUAAUGAUUCUUGGCCGAUUGAAGAACAUAUACAACAACGCUUAUAUUGUCUUCCGAAUGAUAAAGAUUAUGUUAAGGUUGCUAGCUGUAGACAGCGUUGGACAGUGGAACGUCGAGAUGAAAUUAUUUGCACGAUUGAUUCAUUAUUUGAUGAAAUUGCUACAAAGAAUUGUUUGGUACCAAAAAUUAUACCAAUGCAAACUUCAAAUGCAAAAGAAUUAACUAAUAAUAUUGUUAGUGUGAAAUGUGCAUCCGAUUGUAAAGAACUAAAUUUAAUUCAUCCUGAAGAGUUGACAAAACGAUGGCUAUCACCAACAGCUUCCUGUCCCACCGCAGCAAAACGAGAAGAAGCAACACAAGAAAAGUCAAAAAUGGUAUCACGAAAUGAUGUAACAUUAUCAAUGACAUCAACAAAACAGUCAACAUCAAUAGCUUAUGAUGUGAGAUGUGCUAAGAUUAUCAGUCGCUUGGAUCAAAUAUUCGAUCGUGCUCUCAUUGUGAAAGUACUAACGGAAAACAAAAUACGCGAUCUCCACACGAUCGCCAAUCUUUGCGCUCAGCAAACUCUCUGA